AGCCGCUAGUAGUACUUAUUCAAGCUUGGCAUUCGUACAAAAUUAACAUUUAUAGAUACUAUUCAAAAUGAUUUCGAAGUGUUUUGUAAUAUAUUUUGCGCUUUUUGCGCUAAAAUUUGUGUCGGGAAAAAGUUUCACAAUUGUUCUCGAUACAACUGACUCUAUGCAGGUUGAAAUAGACAUCAUCAAGAUAAAUAUAGCUUCAGUUGUUGAUGUAAUGAAAAAUAUGCCAGAUUUUAACGACUUUAUCAUCGUGCCAUUUAAUGAUCCGGAUAUUGGUCCGCCAUUAACUUCAACAAAUCCUGAUGAUAUGGUAGACAUUUUUCAUAGCAUCUCAGCCAGAGGAGGAAAUCAAUGUCCAGAGGACUCGUUGGCGGGCAUACACAAAGCUUUAGAAAUUAGUCGGCCGAACUCCUUCGUUUACGUGUUCACGGACGCAUUCGCCAAGGAUAUCACACGUUUGAAAGAUAUACAGAAUUUGUGCAGAACCACCCAGAGCCAGGUGGUGAUAUUUCUGAGCGGCAGCUGUUCAGGGUCCGAACCCAGGACUCAGGGUUACGCAGACGUGUACUAUGAUAUCGCCAGGUCUUGUUCCGGAGCCGUCUUCAAGUUUGACGCCGUUAACUUGAGAAAGGCAUUUAAUUAUGUGAAGGAAAUGAUUAGAGCCGAUUGGAAUGACGUCAUCAACCAUGAACCGUUUACCGGAUACAAACAAUUUACGGUCAACGUGGAUGCUUAUACAUCAGACUUUAUGAUAGCCAUUUCUGGCGACUACCCUACAUUGCAAGUAGUUGAUUCAGAACACAAAAAUCCUGAAUUACAGAAGAUUGUGGAUACGAAACAAUCGCUGGUAGUCCGGCUAGCAGAUCUAAGACCUGGUGAAUAUCAGAUAAGUGUCAGAUGCCAAGGACUUACAUCUUUGACGUUCUACAAGAAGAGUCAAGUUCCGUACCAGUAUGGCUUCUCCACUAGAAUCCCGAAUAGCUUGCAAGAAACUACCACCAGGCCUAUGCCAGGGCGUCAAAAUUAUAUUCUCAUAGUCGCGCCUAAUGCCUACAACUUCAGAAUUACUUCCAUUGAACUGCAAAUGACAGAUAGUAACGAAAAAAAGCUGCUUACCAUCGAAGAGAGUCAAGUUCGUGAGGGGUAUUAUUUGACUAAUGUGUUUGUAGAAAACUCUUCAUUUAAAAUGUUGAUCCAUGGAACAGAUGCAUCAUACAAAGAAAUGACAACCACAAGCAAAGUGAUAGAUGUGCAAGCACAAUUGCGCAGUCCAGUAUGGUCAAAACCAGUGGUGGAGAUAUUAGAAGUUGAGAAUAACCUAAUAAACUUUGGUACUAAUGCAACGAUAGUCUGCAAGGUUGUUGGGUACCCAAAACCUGAAAUUGUGUGGGUAGAUAAUGAAGAAUCGAAGUAUACUACAGAGGAACUACUUUUGGAAAUACCUUCUAUUUACCUGUCGUAUGUAACAGUGAAUGUUACAAAAAACCAUACAAUGUAUUGUAAAGCCAAAAACAGAGAUGGAAACGAUGAAAAGUUUAUUGAUUUAUACGCCAAUCGUACCUUUACAUUUAAUGUGCUUCAAACACCUCAAAACGAAACGUUCCAAUACGGCUCAGAAGGGAAACUGUAUUGUGAAGUAGAUGCAUACCCCGAAGCAGAAAUAAAAUGGACUCAUAAUGAUACAUCCGUUGACUUUUCGGAUAAUAUAGAAGUUGUGAAAGAUGAGAAUGCUUUAGCUAUUAAAAACAUGACACUGAACGAUGUUGGUUUGUAUGAGUGUAAGGCAAGUAACGAAAUCGAGUCAAAAAUAUUUAAAGCUGAAGUCACUGUUUCGGGACUAGAGGCUCCAGAGCUAGAUGUUGAUAAUUAUGAAGUAGAUCUCAAGCCUGGAGAUUUUUUCGAUACAGAAUGCCGAGUUAUUAGAGGCAAUCCUCCACCAAAGAUAUCUUGGGAAUACAAAAUCCCUAAUGAAUAUGAUUUUGUGGGAGUGCCGAGUGAUGUGUAUGUAGACGGAGCAAAAUUGAAGAUCUCGGUAGUCAGUAAAGAGCACAGAGGAACCUACAGAUGUAUGGCCACCAACAUGUUUGGCGAAGCUUCGAAAGAAAUUUCUGUUAAUAUUAAGUAUGCACCAAUCAUAUCUAGCAGCGAUGAAGGAACAGUGGUGGUAAAAGAAGGGGACUCAGUGGACCUCCCUUGUAAGGUUGACGCGGAACCCGAGGCCUCGGUACAUUGGGAGUUCACGCAAGGGGGUGUUGUGGUGCCUAUGGAUGAUAGACAUACUUUUGAUGACCAUUAUACACAUCGUUUCUCAGCGCUGUGGAAAGAUUCAGGCGAGUACCGUUGUGUAGCGGAAAAUUCAGUUGGGAAAACAGAGAAGACUGUCGCUGUUAAUGUUUUAGUGGCCCCAUACAUACAACCACCAGAGGCAAGGGAGAUGACAGUCACUCCUGGUAGCAACAUCAAUCUCUCUUGCAAAGUUCUGUACGGCAACCCAGAACCUACAACUCGAUGGGAAUUCACAGCUCCCGAUUCCAAAACCACAGUUCUAUCCAGAGGAAAUUCUACCAAUCCACAUAACCUGUAUCUCAGUAAUCUGUCCAGGGCAAACGAGGGGAUGUAUUUAUGUAUAGCGGACAACGAAGUAGGCAACGACCGAAUUAGAAUGUAUCUGAAAGUUUACUGAAUAUUUUAACGGAUUUUUGACUAGAUUUAAAUGAAUAACAUCGUACUGUAUUUGUAAAUCAUAUUUUGACUGUAUAUUUUGUUUUGUACGUCUUAA